UGACGUACUGCACUUGCUGUCCGUGCGAAGACCCUGAGUCCGAGCGCCGAUAUCUACCACCUUCUCGCCUUCCCCUGACAUACACGUCAACCACUUGCUACGCACACACGACAGAUCCUGAAGCCAUCACAUCUACGUUUAAGAACAACAAGCCAUCACAACAAUCCGAACAAGCCGCCGACAUCAUGUCUUCUGGCAGCAACUCACCACCACACCCAUCGCCAGGCCCUACAGACCGCCGACGUGCCUCGAUCACUGGACAGACAUUCCAGGACCUGUUUGGCCGAUCAGGCAGCUACUCUGGACAGCAGACGCGAGCUGGAAUGUCAGGCCCAAUCACCACAGCUGCCGUGAACGCACAGCAACGGCGACUUUCGCUCACAACUAUUGGCCUGUCGGCAUCACCGGGUCAGACAUCGCCUUUCCUCAGCAACCCCCGCACACGAACCGAGAGCCUCUCUAGCGUCAACUCUGGCUCAGUAGAUGAGAGCCCAUUCGAGGACGACUACGCUCCAACAGCAUCUGGCCCUGGCAGCAACGCGGCCACACCCUUCGCACGACGACUCAGCUUUGGUGCACGCGCAAUGCGGGAUGUUAGGCAGGGCAGUGGUAGUGUUGGAAACCCAAAUGGCGAAGGCUACAACUUCGCGGAGAACCUCCGCUCCCGUGCCGAGCGCGGCUCUAUCUCGGGCCCUCCUCCAAUGGUGAAUGUCUCAUCUCACCAACGUGCGAAGAGCGUUGCCGUAAUGGAGCCCCCCGUCCGCGAGAUGCCGAAGCAACCAAAGCAGCCUGAUGCUAUGCAGGAGCGCAUCCUCAAGGGUGACUUCUACAUGGACUAAGCAGCUUCAAGUUGCUCAAACACAACAUCUGCGAACUAUAUACGAAGCAGAUCUGUCUAUAAGACUAUCACGAAGAUGUACGAACCGC